AUGCAUCGACUUUUUGCUGAGCUGGAGCCAUCUGUAACCGUCACCGAGCAAAACCUGGCAGACCGAGUUCGGUAUAUCUUGCGCUCAAAUACAUUUGAUGUCAACGAACUCGAACGGCUACGACAUGAGGCUAUUCCUUCAUCGGGUGAAAAUGCUGCGGCUGAGGAUGCGGCGCCACAACUUGCUGAGCAUACGGCAAAUGUGGAUGCCGCCGUGAAUACCAGCCAGCCAGUUGUGGUUGAUUCAAACGAUGACGGAACAGUCGCCCAGGAAUUGGAACUAGAGCAAAUGAGGAGUACAUUGGAGGAGGCGAUUGUGGAAACGCGCAGUACGCCUCUCGAAAAUCGACCGCGACUUCCCCGCUUAGCCCUAAGCAAGCGGAAUCGGGCUGUCGUGAGGGCUCUGAACCCAAUGCUGGUUACCUACUUGGAAGCCAACCGGGACUUUUGCGAGACGGACUCAAUUCUUUUUGGCGCCGCACUGGCAGUCUGCCGUAUGCGCCCUUCCCGCGGCCGCGCCGGAAAGUAUGCUCCCAGCCUGGAGAAAAAAUUAAAAAACUCGCAAGGGCUAGGGCCCUCAUCGGCAGACUGA